GGCUCGCACGCUCGGCUCAGUAAGGUUUUGGUGCUCGCGAGAAUCGUUUCGUCCGAUACUGCCCGCUUUUGUCGCGACUUUCCUAUAUGGGUCUGCGUGCUCUCAGUAGUUGUGUGUUGUAGCAGCCCAAAUUCGGUCCCCCAAAUUACAUUACAGAGCAUCAGCAGCAGCAUUAUCUGCUCCUACGGAAGAAAAUUUGCUAAUAAAAUAAAAAUUGACGGUGAUGCGUUAACGCAGUGGAAAAAUUCUUGAUUCAUCUGAAGCAGUGGAAAAGUGAGUGUGGAUUUUUGGGGAUAUUGAAGAUUGCGGUGGCAUUCGUUGGAUCCGAGGAAGGAUAGCUUAAUGGAUAGUGGUGAAAAUCUGGCGAUAUAAAGAAAAAAAGGUGAAUGAGUUUUUGAUGUGCCAUUUGUCUGCAACAGCUUUUAUUGGAGUGCAGUGACCCUAUUUUCCGUCGAUCGUCUACUCCUGUUACAACCAGGUUCCGAUCGGCUGACUGGAACAGAGUCAGGAAUUCAAGUUGUGCAGCUCAGUAAGUCGGGCAGCCAGUGCUGUUGGUCGUGAUGAUGCUGGAGUAGUCAGUAUAGGAACAUUUUAACUUACGUGCCGACAGCUUACGGAAAACUUCGAUCCAUAUCCAGAGCUCGGAAAGUGUCGAAAAGUUUGCCUACUGGGGGAAAACAUACUGCACCUGUCCAAAAACCCAUAGCAGCGUGUGGGCACCAGUAGUGUGAGGAAGGAAAAGUAUCCUCAAAGUAGCGACUCCGCCCGCGAAAAUUCGUCGACCGGUUUUAAGUGGUUUCCUCCUAGUGUGGAUACGUGUGGAUUAAAUAUAGCCGGGGGAAGAGGAAAAAAGUUUCCCAUGUGAGUGAAAGGCAGAUGCGCGUUUCAGCUUUUUUCUUUCGUUCGGCGCUUUGGCGAGAAAGUAACGACGACGACACCACCGAUGUAAACUAAAUAGCUCAACUGGAGUAUAAAGUGUGAACACAGUAAAUUGGAAAAGUUUUUAAUUAAAAUUCACUACCUACGUUUAGAGCCAAAAUAAGCAAGCCAGAUCAUCUGUGUAAAAUAAGCUGUUUUGCGGAACUCGCUUGUUACGUUGUUUGUGCUUUUUCUGUUUUCGGUGUUUUAUAUUUGAGUGAGUGAUAUAUAGCCAUCCGAUAUCUAACAUUAAUCGUCGCAAUACGUCAGUCAACGAAACUCGUUGUAAAUUGCUGCUUGCUCAGAUUGUCCCAUUGAUCGAGGCCCACAUUACGAAACGACUGCGCAGGCAUACACGGCGGUGCGAAGCGGAGGACUCACCACGGUCCUCGGAAUAGCUGUAAAAACCGGACCUUGACCGACCGGCAGCGCAAGAGCAACGCAGGACGGCGGCGGGAUGCAGUGCGGCGUUGAAACCAUGAAUGACUGCGAGCGAUCACCGGGUCGCACCGGGCUGCGAGUGAACUUCACCGAGAAGGGCGAGGUGAAGGAGCGUCGGGAGAAAUUCCUCACCGCCAAGUACGGCUCACAUCAGAUGAGUCUGAUCCGGAAGCGGCUGGCCGUCGAGAUGUGGCUGUACGACGAGCUGCAGAAGCUGUUCGAUCCGCCGACGGAAGCGAUAGAUGUCGAUAUCGACGAAAUUCUCGACAUGGACACCGAUGACAUCAGAAGAUCUCACUUAUUUAGUUUACUGUCGACUUGCAAACGACCACCGCAGGACAUAUCGAAAUUCAUCAGCGACCUGCUGGACCGGGCGAAGACCCUUUGAGCUGGACUGGUCAUUUCAGUUUAAAUUUAAUUUUAAUUAAAAAAUCUUCACAAUUAAGGACACAUUACACAUAUAAAUAUAAAAGAAAGGAAAAAUAAUAUUAAAGAAUAAUCUUAAUGGAACGUUUGCUAAGCUGCAAUUGAUUAUGACGAUGGAAGCGUAUAGUAGCGUGCGUGCUUAACAUUGAAAAAUGAAGACAAAAAACGUAAAUGAUUGUGGUAAUAGUACGCGAAAUCUCUCUAAUAGAAAACAAAAAAUGAUCAGGCACAGAUUUUUCUUGACAUAUUUCAUCAGUCAUUGAGCAUUGGUCACAUUCGAACGACACUUCGCUAAAUUUACGAUACUUAUAAGUGAAUGUUGUUAGGUUUAAUAUAAGUUAAGCAUUUGAUUGACUUCCAAAACACGUGAUUAAGAUAAAAAAAUGGUUUAGGAAUCGUUUCUUUCUUGCUCACGCUGCCGGAUGGUAGAAUGAGAGACAGCACAUACAAACAUAAAGCGAAAACCAUCAGUCGAAAUAUGUAUGAGAAAGAUUUGAUUUUUCUCCAAAGAAUAAAUUUACCUUUAAGCACUUGUAGGAUGUAGAAAAGUGAAUCCAACUGUGAGCAGUAAACGUGGAAGCGAUACAAAUUAAGUUGUAAGUAAUUUAAUGUACUUGUUUUGUUAACUAUUUACUUUUAAGUCGGUUUGCAAAAUCUCCUACGAUUAUGUUACAAAGCAUGGCUGAUUGAAUCCCUUAUCCUUUCGAGACUCGCAUGUUUAUGGAUCACUCACGCAGUCUCGCCGCUCUUGUAAACGACAAGCGGUUUUUUUUUCGAAAGUGUUGUACUUGUUACAACGGUACGAGUCCCGAAAGGGUGAAUAUCUCCUUAUAAUAAUUCUUCGUUACAUGCGAAAUCCUAAAUAUUAGCUUGACGAAUCGUAGGUCGUUUUGGCAGAAUAUGAACAUGGUCUGUCGAAAUGAUCUAAUGUUUGUAAAAUUAUUAGUUAUCAAAAGAGAAUGUCGUUUCCUAUGUGUGAUGUUUAGACUACUGUAAUGACUACUUUCGUAUACGUGUCACAUAUGAUCGAACCCCUUAUCUGGAUGAGUUGAUCCACAAAGACACUGCCAGGACGAUUGACGCUGUUGCCAUCUGUUGUACGAUCUAAGCAUUUGCUUCAUGAUUUGCUCAAAACAAAUAUACCUAAACGAAGAAUGCAUUGCACUUUCCCUUCAAUUAGUAUUUGCUUGAAACAUUUUUUUAAAUUCUGAAGAAUGUCUGAAUUAGAAAACCUCGAACAAUUUCAAACUAUUCAUUCUUCUAUUACUGCAAAAAUGAGAUUUUUGUAUUCCAAGCAACAUUUCUGGAGAUACAAAUGGAAGAAAAAGUCUCAAAAUUUAAAUCCUGUUAAGUUUCACCCGGUGCACGUGGUAGGAGCCACACAUCAUCCAAGAUCGACAAUUAGAUAUAAAAAAAGGAUUUGCACUCACCCAAGCUCAAGGUUUAGUUUGUUGUUUGUACUUGACUCGGUUCCUAAGCUUCUUCCCAUAGAAUUGGUGAUUUUUAAUUAUUUUUGCAGAUUUAAAAGUCAAUGUUUGAAAUCCAGAGAAAAAUGAACUGAUGGUCAACAGAACAAUAGCGAAAGUAUCGUAAGACUUGUACUGCAGAAUAGCAACUUGGAAAAAAGCUUUAUCAACUCAUAGGUUACAGAAAAAGAAAUUGACAAACUUGCAAAUAUUCAUUAAUCGAAGCGCUUAUUUAAUGUUCUUCUAAUCUUGAUUUUGUUUUCCGCUUUAGUGAUUUUGAAUUAAAUAUGUAUCCUAAAAUCUACUGAUAUAGCAUUUUCGUAAAGAAUUGCCAAUUUGCAUCACAUCAUUAUCAUUGUGUCAUCAUAUCAUCAAAUUAUGUAGAAACAAAAAAAAGCUAUGAAAAAGUAAUCUUAAACUCAAGCACACCCAAACACAUGUUACUUCCUCUUAAAAACAACAAUAUCAGUCUAAUAGAGAAGCGAUGUUUCGUAGUGUUUUCACUGUUCAAACUAUUCGAAUUAUUAUAAAACAUCUAUAGAAAGAGUGCGUAUUUGAAUUGAAAAAAAAUGCAAAACAAGCCACAAAUCUAUCUUAACUGUAUCUCUAUGAGAAAAACACUCAACUAACAUUCGAUGGAUAGACAAACAGACACAUACAUCCUCAUCCCACAGAACCCCCUUGAGAAUCCGUAAUAUUGCGGAAAAAUAGAUUAAACAUAAAAACAGAGAGUGAAGCAACAAUUACAAAAAAAAAUCAAUGGAUAGGAAGAGAAGCGAUUGCUUUAGCUUUUAUCGAAAGAACAACAACAACAAAACAAAAACAUGUAACAAUAGGAAACGAAAAUAAAUACUAGGUGCCCUUUCGUGUAAUGAAAGCCAAAUAAAAAUUGAAAAAUA